AUGAAUAAAAUCGGGCCCAUUCGGUCCGGGCUGUGGUUCCUGAACUGGCAAUUUGGCUGCUUAGCCGCUGCAGUUGCUGCUUUUGUCUUCCUCAACAACAGCUCUCAGCUUGUUGCGGUGAGUCUCAUUGUGGGCGUCGCCCUAAGUCGCAUUGGGCUGUGGGGAUUCGACUUGUCGGUGCAGUUUCUCGUGCAGGAGGGUGUCGAUGAACAUGCGCGAGCCCGCUUUUCGUCCACAGAAAUGGCACUGCAAAAUAUCUUUGAACUGCUCUCGUUUGCAACGACCAUCGUCUUCCCGCUUCCGGAGCAGUUCAAGUAUCCAGUGUAUAUCAGCUACGGGGCAAUUGCAAUGGCGGCCGUUCCGAAAGCACGGGGAACAGGCCGAUCAGGGCCCCGCCGCCGCACCGGCUGCUUGACAUGCCGUGCACGUAAAGUCCGCUGCGACGAGGUCAAGCCAACCUGUGCCAAUUGUACUCGACUACGACUGCAAUGCAUUUACAAGACUAUUGUUCCAGGGAUUGCACCCCGGCGGAGCACCCAGAGGGUACCUCAACUUCCUCAACAGGCUUUCACGAUCGACCCGGCCCCCACCCAUGUUCCAGAUCGUCUGGAUGUAAACUACUUCGACACAGUUCUGCAGCCUCGUGAGCUGCGUCCUCGCCGGGCAUCGCAUAUGUUGCCUCACCAGAUUUCAGACCAUACGCUGCCAUCAACAUCCGUUGCAGUUCCUGAUUUUCCAAAUUUUGAUAUGCUCAGCUUUAUUGGUGAGAUUACGUCGGAUUUCGAGCAGAAGCAUCUCGACCUGACGAACGGGGUAUCGGCGUUUACUCUUACCAGUGAAGCACUAUCUCCAACGACAUUGGGGAAUCCGACUUGGACUGUUGAUACAUCCGUCGGGACACUACCCAGCCCGAGUGACAGUCAAUCAGAUGGGGUACAGAAUAUACCCUCAGGUGAUAGAACUAUAUGGCCCGAGACGAGGGAAACUUACGAAGAACAGCUACUGUCUCAUUUUGCGGAGAUAGAUCCGCCGCCUACGCCAUUUGGGUCUAUUUCCCUAGAAUGGAAUUAUGCGAGCUCGGAGAUCCAAUCUUGUAUCACUGAGAGUAUGGAUGAUUCGCUACUGAAGAAAGCAUUGACGGCGGUUUUUCUGCUUAUGUUGUCGGAGGUAGUGUCAUUGCCAGAGCUAGGGGACUCUAGUACGUCCUUUCUCCAUUCGGCGUAUUUGUUGCUACAGCGUUUCCACCACCAAACCAAGUCAUGGACCGGGUUUGGCCACUUGAUAGUUUCCUGGAUCUCUUUGUUGGACGUCAGAGCGCUGAUUGCUGGCCGUGAUGGGGAUCCGCUUGUUGAGCUAGGGAUGUUAGAUCAAGUUGACACGGCUGAGACAGAUCAACGAUUGGAGGACGAGCUUCUCUCGAAACCAGGUUAUCUCAUACACAAGGCCAUUGUUGGCCCCGCAUAUUCCUUCCUAUUCAAGGCUCAACAAGUCAUCCGCCGUAUUGUCUGUCUCGACAUGCACCACCGCAGGCGUGGGACAGUCAGCGAUGAGUUUGAAGUCCUCCAGAUUGCGCACCAGAUCGGUGCCGACCUAGAAGCCCUCUGGAACAAACGCCCACGGGUGCUAGAUAUUUAUGAUAAGCCAGAAGAACUAUACGACACCCUUCAACCAGCCGUGGCAGACGAAGUCUGCCGCACGUUUCGCCAGUACAUGGCUAAUUUCUUGGCCAUCUUCAUCUAUCUCCACCGAGUGGCUUUUGUGAUCUAUCCGCGGACAGACCGGGUGCAUCGCGCGGUGGACCAGAUCAUCCAGCUGGCCACGGUGGAGUCCGGCAGCUCACUGGAGCAGCGAGGAUGGAUUAUCCAGGAAAUGCAGCGCAUGGCCGACUUGCCUAGUGACCAUAGGCCCGUGGCUCAGCGACAUCCCAACGCGAAAAAGAUACUGUUGUUACUUGAGGAGAUGACCAAGCGCCAGGAUGCGUCUCGAACGUGGGCAGACUCGCGCCUUGUGCGGCGAGAACUCUUCGUAGACCCCUUCGUACUAAUCUAA